ACUUCUGUCAAAAAGUAACAGGUUAAUCUUUAAGGUCAACAAGUGGGUUUGUUCUGAUUUCUUUUGGAAUUAUUAAUAGAAAAACUCAGCAAUCAAAAGGUGAAUUUUUUUCCCAAUAUGUCGACCUUCUCAUUGAAGCAGCCUGACAAAAAUCGUAAGGGAAUCGAUCAUCAGAAGUACGUAACUAGGAUCACAAAAACAUUUUAUUAUGGAAAAUUACCAAAAACAGAACGACUCAGUCUGCCUGUUACAGAACUUGCCGCAGAGCUGUUUUCUGAGGCUCAACGAGGAAAAUCUUUGAACAGACUUCACUUGGAUACUGCUUCGGAAAUAUCAAGAAAUGCUUGUGUGUCACCAUGCUCACUUAUACUUGCUAUUCUCUAUUUGGAAAAGUUGAAAAUAUGCAAUCCCGAAUAUUUAGAAAGAAUCAGUCCUUCCGAUUUAUUUUUAGUCUCAUUAAUGGUUUCCAGUAAAUACCUUUUUGAUGAUGGUGAAAAUGAUGAAGUUUUUAUCGAUGAAUGGGCGACUUCUGGUGGUUUAUCUGUAGGCGAACUUGCCAAGUUGGAGCGGGAAUUUCUCAGUGCAAUUGGAUGGGAAAUAUUUGUAAAAGACAAUAUGUUUUGGAAGAAACUAAACCAAAUUGAAACCCAUUUGGCAGAAAAGGAAGGUAAUCAAAGAGGCUUUUUCACUUAUACUGAACUUAUGAAUCUGGCAAAGAUAAUUGAACUUCAAGCAUUGAUCCAGUGCAUUGUUGCCAUGAUGGCUAUUCUUACUGUAACUUAUACACUAGGCGUGUUGUCUGUGGCAGGAUCCUUCCAUGCUGUCAAAUAUAUCAGUGGUGACCCAUUCAAUACUGUAGUCGUAUCAGAUGAUGCCAAUAUAAACAAAAUCGAACAAGAAAAUAGUGCCAACCUUACUGAGACAAAUUUGUUAGAUUUUGAAUCGAGAAAUGUAGAAGCUGCGCAUAUUUUCAGAACUUCCCUAUUCUUGGCUUCCAUUAACACUUUCAUGAUCCCGUAUUGUAAUAAAAACUGCUCUUGUGAUAACGAUAUUGAUGCAGAUGAAAAUUUGGAUAAUGCGUGGGAAUGGUGGAAUAUUCCUUCGAUGAAAUGGCUCACCGAACACUCCAGAGAGAUUUUGGAUAUGGCCGAUAUGAACUGUUUCUACAAAAACUUCAUGAGAUAUCUGGAACAACUGUUUAUAAAUUCGAAUGAUUUGGAGGCAGGAAAUCAUGUCAACAUGAAGAAAUCCACGAAAACUAGAAUCCAGGAUCAGUUGGAAAGUUCUUGGCAUCAAGAAUGGACUGACAGUUUGAAGAACGAAUUUUCAUAUCGACCUAAUUUUUUGAACCGAAAAUUGUGAAUAAAAUUUUUAUACGAUUGUAUCCAGUGAAGAACAGAAUAAUAAAUAUUAACUAUUUAAAA